CUAUCUUCGUCUCUUCGAGCGACUUCAGGCUUUGCACGCGCAUCGCAACCUGUUAGGUUGGGAACUACUUUGCAGCGUUACCUUUCGCAGGAUGCGCGGUCAAAGCUCCAGGCAGCCGUCAAAGAGCGACCUCUGGUGGUGUUCAUGAAAGGCACGCCAGAACUUCCUCAGUGUGGGUUUUCUCGCGCUGUCAUCCAGCUACUCGAUAUCAACGGCGUGCCUUCGGACAAGCUGAAGACAUAUGAUGUGCUGGAGGACCAAGACUUGAGAAAUGAGAUUAAAGAAUUUUCUGAGUGGCCGACGAUCCCUCAAGUAUACGUCAACGGUGAGUUCGUCGGUGGAUGCGACAUCAUUCUUGGCAUGCACCAGUCUGGAGAACUCGAGUCUUUACUCCGAAAACAUAAUAUCGUCCCAAAAACGGAAGAGGCGGAGCAGUCCGCUGCAUGA